GUUUCCGAGGGGAGGGACUAAACCAAAAAAAAGCAUCAACGACGAACUUCCCUGGACACCGGCGAGUUUUCUUGGCAAAUUGUGGUGAAAAUCCUACAAGCGAGAAGAAACUCGUCUAAUUGAAGAGGAAUUGUUUAUACAAACGUAAAAUGGAGCUGAGGCCACUUGUCAUGUGCUUUGCCCUCUGCGUGGUUUACGCCACCAGCAAACCCACAGAGAAGAAAGAUCGCGUUCAUCACGAUGAGCGUCUCAGCAACCUUGAGCACGAUGAUGCCGAUAACUUUGACUAUGACCACGAGGCCUUUUUGGGCCAAGAAGAGUCCAAGUCUUUUGACCAGCUCACACCAGAGGAGAGCAAAGAGAGGCUUGGAAUGCUGGUUGAACGCAUAGAUGAAGAUAAAGAUGGCUACGUGAGCGCUGAGGAGAUGAAAAAGUGGAUUAAACAUGCACAGAAGAAGUGGAUCUAUGACGACGUGGAUCGACAGUGGAAGAGCCACGACUUUAACGGAGACGGAGUGGUGUCCUGGGAAGAGUACAAGAAUGCCACAUAUGGAUAUGUCCUUGAUGAGACUGAUCCUGAGGAUGGUUUCAACUACAGACAAAUGAUGGCACGUGAUGAGAGGAGAUUCAAAAUGGCUGACCAAGACAAUGAUAUGAAAGCCAACAAGGAGGAGUUCACAGCUUUCCUUCAUCCUGAGGAGUACGACCACAUGAAGGACAUUGUAGUGUUGGAAACUAUGGAAGAUAUUGACAAGAAUGGAGAUGGUUUGAUUGACCUGGAUGAGUACAUCGGUGACAUGUACAACCAGGAUGGAGACGCCUCAGAACCUGAAUGGGUAAAGACGGAGAGGGAGCAGUUCACAGAGUUCAGAGAUAAAAACAAAGAUGGAAAGAUGGAUAAGGAGGAGACCAAAGACUGGAUCCUGCCCAUUGACUACGACCACGCUGAGGCCGAGGCCAAGCACCUGGUCUAUGAGUCAGAUACGGACAAGGAUGGUCGUCUAACCAAAGAAGAAAUUGUUGAUAAAUACGACCUGUUCGUCGGCAGCCAGGUGACCGACUUCGGAGAGGCUCUGACUCGACAUGACGAGUUCUAACUCCUCCACAGACUGUGCGCUCAUCCUGCGUUCCACCUGAUGACUCAUCCCAACGGGCACCGAGUUGAGACAGGACGAGCCCACCUUAUUUCAACG